AUGUCCCUCGAGCUCUACUACAGUCCUAACAGCCCUUUCGCGCGAAAGGUGCUUAUCGUCGCCCGAGAGCUGGGACUGUAUUCCCAGCUCCAACUGCAGCUCGUCGCUCCAAACCCUACAGUCCGCGUACCAGAGCUACACGUGCACAACCCCCUCGCCCAAGUGCCCACCCUUGUUACGCCGGACCAUGGCGUCAUCUUCGACUCGGGUGUGAUCGUACAGUACCUGGAUGUACUCGCGGGAGGGGGUAAGAUCUUGCCGCCAAGUGGGGAUCUGAAGAGGUAUGAGGCACUGACGUAUGACCAUUUGUGUAAUGGGACACUGGGAGCCAUGCUCUUGGUGCGGUAUGAGAGUGCUGUGCGGACUCUGGAACAACACUCUGAGCCAUGGGUAACCGGCCAGCUCAGCAAAGCGCAACGCGGUAUCCAACGCCUCUCUGAGCUUCACCUUCCAGACAUCAGCGGCCCUGUCCUUUCCCUGCAGGCUGUGGACCUGCUCGUCGUUGUUUGGUAUUUGGACCGCAGGUUUGGGCAUUUGAACUGGAGGGAAUGGGAGGGGGCGAAGGUGCUGGCGGAGUGGUAUGAGCACGCAGAGAAGAGACAAAGCUGGGUGGAAGAAGUCGCGCCUCCCUUGUAG